AUGUUCCUGGCUACACGGACCUUGGCAGCGACGGACAUCUGCACGGCGCGAUCAACCCUUAUACACAUAAUUUCAAAUUCCUCUGGCUACUACGCUGGAGAUCGUGCGCUUCGUCACACAUCGCGGUUGCUCCGAGCAAGUCGGCGGUUCUCGUCCUCGUCGUCAUCACGAAUAUCCUACCGAGUCGCCGGAUCAUGUUCAGCCAAGGGACGCCGCUUCAACCCCGAGAAACAUACAUACAACUUCGAGCCUACCGUACACGAAGCCAUUGGCGUUGCGCUCGAUAACAUUGACGAGGGAAGGUCCCGGCAAAAGAGGCCGGCGAGUGGUGAAGAUGCGUUUUUCGCAAGCAGAGUAGGCACAGAAGAUACUGGCGCCAUUGCGUUUGCGGUCGCGGACGGAGUUGGCGGGUGGGCGGAACAUAAAAUCGAUCCUGCCGAUGUUUCACAUGGGUUGUGCACGUAUAUGGCACAGCAUGCGUUGACGGAGGAGGUGGGUCAGCGCAAAUUACGGCCGAAGGAGCUUUUGCAGAAGGGUUAUAACUCUGUGGUGGCGGAUGAAAGUAUCACUGCAGGUGGAACCACGGCGUCUGUUGGAGUUGCGCACACGGAUGGAAGUGUCGAGUUGGCAAACCUUGGAGACUCGGGCUCGGUACUCUUUCGACUCGGCGCUGUGCACCAGUAUUCCGCGCCGCAGACACAUGCAUUCAAUACACCAUACCAAUUGAACAUUAUACCGCGCAGAAUGCGCGAACAGGCGCACAUGUUUGGCGGCGUAUAUUUCGAGGAUUCGCCGCGCGAUGCUGCCGUAUCGACACUAUCCAUGCAGCAUGGAGAUGUUCUCGUCCUGGCUACAGACGGUGUUUUCGAUAAUCUGAAUAAUCAGGACAUUUUGAAGAUAGUGACCGGUCGAAUGCUGGCCACGGGUGCAUGGACGGAAAGUUCAAAGAAUGCGGCAAUUCGUCCGUCUGAGGAAUUGCAGGCAUUGACUGCACCUGGUGGAUUACACCGAAUAUCUCCUUCUCCUUCACCCUCUCCUUCUUCGCCGUCAUCUCCUUCAUCCACCUCAUCAAUCACUCCCAUCCCACACCUCCAAAACCAUCACACCCUCCAAGCCCUUCUCGCAUCCUCAAUAGUCGGAGAAGCGAAACUAGCCAGCGUCGACAUGCGGCGAGACGGGCCUUUCGCCAAAGAAGCCCAAAGAUAUUACCCCGGUCAUUGGUACCGGGGAGGCAAAGUGGAUGAUAUAUGCGCGCUUGUGAUUAUUGCCAUAGAAGGCUGA